CCACGAAGAAAUGACUUUUGGAGGCUCGGAAGGUGUUAUUCGUAAUCAGCUCGUUAAACUGAAUCUGAAUAUGUAUAAUAAAGUCAAAACAAAAUUCCACUUGAAUUUUGCAUUAGCUGAACCUUACUUUUUAUACGAGGCUUUGAUUCUACGGCUAAAGCGGAGGUUAUGAAAAACUCUUGAGGCCAAAAUCGCAAUAAGUUACAAAAUUUAAGAAAAAGUUAACUACAAAAUCGUCUAAAGGUGGCAUCUCCAGUGUUUUCAGAUUUUCUCCCUCAUUUUACAUUGCAGAGGUUUUAGCAAUAUCUCAUUCGAAAGAGCAUACGAAACUGCAUGGGCUCAUAUAAUUUUCAAAGUUUCUGAGUUUGUACUCGACACGAACAUCGACAACAGAUUGUGUGGCUGCAGUCAUGCUGGACGAGUCUACAAAAUCUGCUGUCGAAGGCCAACUCCCGUUUAUCUGAAGGUUGACGUGCAGUCGCCUACUAAGCUGCAUCGACCCGAGACGAAAGACCGAUGUAUAUUUUUCAAUUAUGCUUCCGUGGUAAACUCUUCUGAAAUGUUUUGCCAAGAGCAAAAAACUUUGUAAUAAGUUGUCGUUCUCCUGUAAUGGCUGAAAUUCAUUUUCAAGUUUACAUUCGUUUUCUAAAUCACGAGAAUCGUGUUUGCAAGAAAAUUUCUAGAGAUUUUACACUGUACAAAAUGUCAGAGAAAAUUUCCAUCUAGAACUCUAUAACGUCUUUCGUAAUCUUUGGGAUAAACAGGCUUUUAACGAAAUCCGACAUUUCAAUGUUCAAUGGCUUUUCUUGGUACCGUGUAAGGUACUCUUUCGAGUCUGGUCGAAAUGACAGUACACUUAAUAAACUUUAGACUGUGUUGGUUGGAACCAAUAUGGUGUGACCGUAGCUGGUAGUUCCUCCGUGUCAAGCGUUAUGUACAUUGGUGACUAUGGGAAUAAUCGUAUACUUAAAUGGAGUCUCGGUGCUACAAGUGGUACUAUUUUCGCCGGUGGGAACGGCUAUGGGUGUGCAUACAAUCAAUUCCAAGAUAUUUACGGAAUAGUUAUGGAUAGCGACGGGUAUCUGUAUGUGAGUGACUUUUCAUGCAACUGGAUAUUAAAAUUUCCAUCAGAUUCAAAUUCAACAACAAUGGGCAUCUUAUUUAUAAAUCUUACAUUAACAAAACGUCUGUUUAUAGAUCUAUUAACAAAUGAUUUAUACGUAACCACUGAUACCUCCGUUGUCUAUAAAAUCUCGGUACAGAACAAUGGUACUAUCGACAAGACCAUUAUUGCUGGCGUUUAUGGAUCUGCGGGUAGUCGUUUGAAUCAAUUACAUUCUCCAAUUGGCGUCUAUUAUGAUUAUCAAACUGAGUAUCUUUACGUAGCUGAUUACGGGAACCAUCGUAUUCUUCGAUUUCCAUCAAAUUCAACAGGUGGUACGAAUGGGACAGUUGUGGCCGGAAUUACGGCAGCAGGUGGCAUUAGUUCAAAAAAAUUGAAUUUGCCAAGAGAUUUAAUUGUUGAUAGAAAUGGAAUUAUGUAUAUCUCUGACGGCGGCAACAAUCGUGUUCAACAAUGGCUGCCAGGAGCUAAGAAUGGUACAACAAUUCUUGGAUCUUCAACAGGUGCCACGGGUACCGGAGCAAACCGGUUUAAUAUAAAUCAAGCUUUGGCAUUCGAUUCACUUCAGAAUUUAAUUGUUGCUGACGGCAAUAACAACAGAGUACAAUUUUUCAAUUGUACUCUGAUUACUUAA